AUGGCUUCCCACAGUAGAGGAUGUACGGAAGCCACUCCACUUAGCGCAGUAGUUGAAGGAAGGGACUUGCGCUCGCGAAGGAGCCAUACGAACCUUCGGGGCUCGAGCAUGACAUCCAUUUCGGAGGCCAGUCGCUCAUGUCUUUGUACCAGUAGCCGCAACGAUGCUGGAGAAAGGACGCUCAGAGCUCGUAGUGUGACUGAACCAACAAAUUUGAGGCCUCAUUCACUCCGAAGGGGAACUUCGGUGACUAUUUAUGAAGACAGUUGUGUUAGGCGUGCCGCUAUUAUAAGACGCUUAGAAAAGAUGCGGCCCGAAAGGAAACUUUCCAGCGCAGCAUCAGAACCCGUUUACACGAAUGGUGCUAGGUCAUUGGUGUUAACAUGUACACGACAUGGGCAUUCGAAGGAGUACCCUCCAGUACGGCCAAAAAGUGCGAGUUGUUCGGUUAGACAGUCCCAAAGAUGCUCUAGCGUUACAGGCACAUGUGCCAGUGCGCGUAGUGAUGCGGAAAAAUACACACGCAAAGGGAGAUUGUCAGCACCACCGUUCCAAACUGGGCUUCCGCGCGCGGAGCAGGCUAAACCAGAACGUAAUUCGUUCUCCUUCGCUCCUGGUAGAGUGGAAAGGAGUAGGUGUCGUGUCAGGGAGAGAUGCGAGCAGUGGUUUACCGGAGGCGAGCAUCUGAACGCGGCGCUGAUAUCCCUUUUUGUCGCCUGCGGGGCUUCUGAACAAGGGGGCUUGGGAUUAACGCUGUUUAUGAAAGACUUUAGUCAGACUUGCGAGGCUCAUCAGCCUGUAUUACCCCCAAAACGUAUUGUUUUGAACGCCAUAUCUUCGAUGAAGUCCGUCUGCAUCAUUCAACCGAGCACUGACAAACCGGGGGGAAUCAACUUUUGUCUUGCUCUUCCGGAUUUUUUUGCUUUGUUGACGAAGGAGCUACGAGGUUUCACAUCGGCGAAAGUACAGGGGAGCUUCCCACCAACACGUGAGCCCCCUGCAGUCUGUAUCGUCCUAGCUGCGUUGGUUCCAGAGGCAUUGGAGAGGGUUUUUAAUGCCGAAGUCGUUGAAUACUUUCGUAAUCCUUUAACUAUUGCUUAUGCGUUGGAGAAACUGGAAUCCCAAUACGAGAAUCAAGUAUCGACAGUCUCGGAUGCAGUCCGUGACAAAGCUUCGAUCACAAUCUCUUCGUUGCCGCAAGAGCGAGUGCAACACAGAAGAGAUGUGGGACGUUCAGCUUGCGUCUCCGGGUCACCUUCCCCCGUGGGUGGAGAAGCAUCUUACCCUUCUAUUAGUGAGAUUACGUUCAGCGGCGAUAAAAGCCUUGCCGAAGCACCUUACACUGGGACCAAUUCUACAUUGUCGGAAGUGGGACGCAAAGCUCAACCUGUUCCCCGUUAUAUGAAACCGAGGCUUCUUGACGAAAUUUCGACCUCGAUAAUUGCAAGGGCUAAGGCCAGGAAGUUGAUGGAUAGGUUGCGCAAGAGCGCCAUUCCAAUAAACCGCCAUGUUUGCUUUGCACGUAUUUUCUAUUCCCAGCAAGCGAAGGCUGGUGUGGUGAGUGCUAAUGAUGACUGUUGCUUAGCUUUCACUGACAGUGAUGAUAGUGACAGCGAGGCGCUUGUGCAACUACAACCCGAUCCUCCACAGGGGCGAUUGCGACCGACGAAUAUCCUUAAGUGGCCGUUGUACGACGAGUAUGCGAGGGGGUUUUCCGGCAUAAACAAACACCGCAAACCUCGAAGGGGGUUGUUUGAGGAGCAGCAAGGUCAAUUCGCGCAGCUAAAGGUUUGUAGCGACCCACCAAUUUCUCAACCGUGUUCUGUCGCCAUGUCGAGCAGCCGCACGUUCGAAAUUCCGGAGCCGCUGUCAUGUUUCUCCUUGAGCACAUCUUUGUCAACUAGUUCGGAGCUCACAGCAAACGAUUCAUCUCCAUUAGUUGCGACCAUGACAACGUACCAGCGUCGGAUGUCGAAGCUCCUUGACCGGUGCAGUUCGCAGUCAGAGUUCUCGCUGGCUGAUCUCUCUGCUGUUCGUUUCGGUAUGUACGGUGCAACAAGAAGGAGGCUAUACUCCGCUUCAACCGGUGGUACUGCCGCAGGCGUGAAUGAUAAGAAGACAACGAGAGGUAAGAGUCGGACCCGGAAGAAAUAA